ACCAAUUUCUGCGUAACUAUUCAUACAGUCUGUGUGGACACAAAGUGCUGAAGUCAAAUAAUUCAGACUUGUCGGCCGUCGUCUUUUGAGUCGAGAAGUUUUGAAAUUCGAAGUUAUCUUUCCAUCAAAUUAUUAUUUCAAAUGUGUUCGCCAUGAGUCCUCCAGUAACCAUUCAGCCGAGUCCCCAUUCACCGGGCAAGACAGAGAUGCGAUGGCUCAGCAGAUCUCUUUCCGACGGGGAGCAGGGGAUUCCAGGCGGUAAAGGACAGGGCAGAAUUUACGAUGGGUUUGAAGCCCUUCAACAUACAGACAAGGUGGUGGUACAGCAAACGAUAGAAACAGUUGGGGCCAGCUGUGACGUCACUAAUACAUAUUCGUUGACAGACAAGGAGAGCGAGCAGCUAUUUCUGGCGAUAGAAGAUGCAUCCUGCUGUGGGCGUUUCUGCUGUGGUCCUGCCCGCCCCCUGCGCCUCGUUCUCAGGGAUAGACGAGGCAAUGAUGUCGUCCACUUUGUGCGCCCUCCUCGGUGCGAUGCCUGUUGUUGUCCAUGUUGCAUGAUGGGAAUCAUGGUUCAGACACCAGGUGGCGAAAUUAUUGGAUACGUCAAACAAACUUGGAGCCUGUUUGGAGCCGCUUUCAAGAUAGAGGAUGCCGACAAGACGCCGUUGAUGACUCUGUGGACCUCCUGCUGUCCCUGUCGGUGUGAAACAGACCUAGAAAUACAGGUUUGGAAGAUUUCUGAUGGUCGAUCCGGGCUUAUUCGCAAACAGUGGGGAGGAAGGAAGCAAGAUAUUAACAUGGAUCACGAAACAUUCAUCAUAGAGUUUCCUCCAGAAUGUGAUACCGAAAGUAAGAUACUCCUCAUCGGUGCAGCAUUCCUAAUGGACUUCAUGUUUUUUGAGAUGACCUAAACUGGGCCGAGGCUGGCCGCAACAUUCGGAAUACUCUCGGCAGACCGUCAUACAAGGAAAGG